AUUCCUAACACAAACACACCCAAUUUCCUACUUCACUUUCACUUUUCACAAUCAAACAAAAAGAAACACUAUCUUUCAUUCCACAAAUUAACAUGUCAAAAGGAGAAGGAAGAAGUGGCAAGAAAUGCUUAGCAUACGUUGCAAUAUUCGUGGUGUUUCAAGCAGCCAUCAUUUUACUCUUCGCCCUCACGGUCAUGAAGGUGAAAAGCCCGAAGGUGAGGUUCAACGGUAUGGUAGUCGAAAGCUUCAGCUCCAACAACAACACCGCAACUUCCAUCAACAUGAGGCUGCUGGCUCAAUUCACAAUUAAAAACACCAACUUCGGCCAUUUCAAGUAUGACAACGCCACGCUUGUCGUAUUGUACAAUGGGGUGCCACUCGGGGAAGCUGUGAUUUCGCGGGGGCGCACCAAGGCUAGGAAAACGCAGAGGUUCAACGUCAACGUGGAUGUUAGUACGGAUAGAGUAGUAUCCGAUAGUAACUUGGGAAAUGAGAUAAACUCUGGAAUUUUGAAGCUCAGCAGCCAAGCGAAGUUGAAUGGAAAGGUGCAUUUGAUGAAGAUCAUCAAGAGGAAGAAAUCUGGGGAUAUGAAUUGUGAUUGGAGUGUCAAUUUGGGUAACAGGCAGGUGGAGAAUUUGAGAUGUAACUAGUUAUAAUGUUUUAGGACUUUAUAUGUUGGUUUGGGCUUUUAUUUACUUAUUUGUUGAUUCCAUUCUUGUUGAUUCCAUUGUUGUGGAUUCUGAUUUAUUUAUCUCUGUUUACAUGUUAAUUGUUAUGAGUAUAGAUUUUAGCUCUGUUUCAUACUACUAUAAUUUAGUCAUAUUUUUUUGGAUUAAA